GCUAAGCAAAUAACUCAAAAAUAACUCAUCAGGCAGCCAUUUAAUCGUCAAUCCUCCAGCUAACAUGGCUGAUGAAUUCGAUCUUGAAGCACUCGUGCACUUGGAACAGACGUUCUACGACGCCGGGUAUACCGACGGCUUCGCCCAUGGACGUAUUCAUGGACUGAUCGAAGGUCGAGCCCUCGGCCGAGAGAAGGGCUUCGAGAUAUGGGAAGAGAUCGGGUUUUACGAGGGCUUUGCUAUCACUUGGCAAGCGAUAUAUGCAAAGUAUGGACAGAAUGACCAGUACGUUGUCAGCCUGACUUGAGCUCUGCAUGAUUCUUCAUCAUCAUGACCUUUGAAUUGCAGACGCGCGGUACACCAUAUCAAGCAUCUACUUGAUCUUAUAUCACAGUUCCCACAAGUAAAUCCGUCUACUGAUGCAAUAGCAUCUGGCGCUACGGAAGAGAUUGAUAUUUCGAAGCUGCAGCGCCAGAUUCGAUCGCGAUACAAGGCGUUGUGCGCAUCGCUCGGUGUAAAACCUACGCUGAGGGCGGUCGAUGUAGAAUCUAACGAUGACGGUGGUGUUCAAAGUAUGGAUCAACAGAAACAAGUGUGGAAAUUAGAAGAAGAUGCGAAAAGACCGACGAUGCAAGGACUAAGUUUUUGAAGAGGACUUUAGGAUGUCACCCAGGGUUACGCUUUUGCGCGCGAAAGCACUUACAUGUGGAUAUCCACCCCAAG